UUAAGAGUAUUCUAGAUGAUGUAUUUAAAUACUUUGUUAGCUUUCUCAGGCCUUCUGCCUAUUAAAAAAAGAGUCACAAUUAAUAGUGAUCAAAUUAUCAGCUGCCAAAUAGGAUCUUAGUUCAGAGUGACAGACAAUUCCAUGUGGAGAAGCACUAGGGUAGCCAGAUCAUGUAACGUCAGCCUUGAAUACAUUGCAAGGAGUCAACUCCGAGUGAAAGGAAAGGAAAGGACAACGUGAACUUACGGGUAACUUGGAUCAGAGCUUCAUCAUUCACAGUGAAAAUGUUAUUUAAACAACUCUUCUGGCUGGUGGCUUUGGUUGGGCUAGGGCACUUUGAUGAAACAACUGUGGAACCGGAUGACACCGAAGCUGAACUUAUCACUGAUACAAGCGAAGUUGAUCCUAUCACUGAUAUAAGCGAACCUGAAGCUCCAGAAACCACUCCACAAGAAUCCCCCAAAAUAAUUCAUGGCUGCCCAAACUGGAUGGCAGGAAUACCUGGCAGUCCUGGACAUAAUGGCUUUCCUGGUAAACCAGGCAGAGAUGGUCGUGAUGGUGCAAAAGGAGAAAAAGGGGAAACAGGAUUGCCAGGACCAAAGGGUGAUGAAGGCCAGCCUGGGGAACCAGGUGUGGAUGGAGAACAGGGGCUUCCUGGCCUCCCAGGACACAAAGGAGAAAAGGGAGACAGCGGUUAUUAUUAUCGCUCAGCAUUCAGUGUGGGACUGACCACAAGAAAUCCUGUCCCAAACAUCCCCAUCAAAUUCUCCAAAAUCUUUUACAAUGAUCAAAAACACUACAACGAAGAGACGGGCAAAUUCAGCUGUCCAUAUUCAGGGGUGUAUUUCUUUUCAUAUCACAUUACUGUUUAUACUAAGGAUGUCAAGGUUGGCCUGUACAAAAACAACAAGGUUAUAAUUUUUACUUAUGAUCAAUUUCAGAAUAAUAAUGUAGACCAAGCUGGAGGUUCUGUUGCAGUACAUUUGGAUGAAGGGGAUGAAGUGUGGUUACAAGUUUAUGGAGACAAUACAUUUAAUGGGAUUUAUGCUGACAACAAUAAUGAUUCCACAUUUACAGGAUUCCUUCUGUAUCCAGACUUGCAUUAAAUAGCUUUUAUCACAACACUCUGAAUCCCAUUCAGAACCUGUAAACACAUUAUGUUAGGUUUGUCACGAAUGAUGAUUUCUUCCAAUUACGAGCUGAAAACACUAACCAGAUAGCAAAUAGUAGUUCAACAAUUUGCUUGUUAUGGAUCAGUAAUCUUCAUAAUUAUGUUCUAUAAACAGUUUUCAUAUUUCCCUAUAAGAUUGUCAAUGAAUAACUGAAUAAAUCAGACAUUUAAAUAUGUGUUUUUUAAUCAGUCAAUCCUGUGCAUGAUGUUACAAACUGAGGUUUUAGCUGUGUAUCAUUAGCACAGUAAAAGUGGUAACAUGAACUGUAAGGCGGUCACAUUUCAGGGAUUAUUACAAAUAUGUACAGUAAAGAUGGAAACUGCAGCUGUAUUUCAUCUAUUAAUAGACAUUGUUGUAACAUUAACUAUGACUAAAAGACAUUAAAUAUUCAAGAUGG